CGCUCCGGUAGUGUGCAACGAGCACCGAUGGCAGACGGCCGUUCUUAGACUUGAACCAGCGAUGUGUGCCAGUUGUGGUGCGCGUAGUAAGUGGUCGAAGUCCGAUUGAAGAAGCAUGCGAACAGAUGAUGAUGAUGCUGCUAGUCCUCCAGUCGCUCCUGAUCAUGGUGUCAACGGUGCGGGCAGGCGAUUAUUGCCCGGAAGUGUGCGUGUGUCGCAACGAGGCGGCCGCAUGUCGCACCGCCGGAGGAAAUCUGACGGACUUCCGGUUGCCGGAAGGCACCGAGUCUCUGGAGCUGUCCGGAGAUGUCGGAGACGAUCUUCUGGACCUUCUGGAUGAGAUGGCGCAGUGGCCGGAUCUGGUUUACUUGACUUUGAACGAAGUUUCGGAUCUUCCGGACCUCUCGAACUACAGCAUGUGCGGGCCGGAUAGCCUCAGGUCCUUGGUUAUAGCCGGGUGUCGCGUCGAUUCCCUGCCUCGGCAAUUCAAUCUGAGCGGUUUGUUGACUUUGCAAGUGGUUGAUGAUGGGUUGAGAGUGAUCGGAAGCGAGCAGUUCAGGACACUGGAAACUUUGGAGAUGUUGAAUCUAAGUGCGAACGCGAUCGCGGUUAUCGAGGGGGACGCUUUCGUCGGGUUAAACUCCUUGAGAAACUUGGAUCUAUCGCAGAACAAACUAAGCGAAUUGGCAGAUACAGUGCUGAUUCCGUUAAACACUCUGCAGUACUUGAAUCUAAGCAACAAUCGGCUGGAGGUUUUGAACGAAGCCUGCUUCAGCAGUCUCGUCUAUCUGCAGCAGCUAGACGUGUCUUGGAAUCGACUAUCCAAAGUAGCACCUGGUACUUUGGAACUUCCAAGCUUGGCGAGAUUACUUCUAGCUGGAAACCCGAAACUGGGUGGAGGAUCUCGUGAACCCGUUUUAUUCGUGGGAACGGGCAGACGUUUGCAGACAGUGGAUGCGUCACGAAUUGGACUCAAACAAGUGCCGGCCGCCCUGACGCAUUCCAUACGCACUUUGAGGCUCGCCGGAAAUUCCAUUCCGAGCGUGAGCUGCGGCGAUUUGGACUCGUAUCCUUUGCUGCAACUUCUAGAUUUCACUGCGAAUGAACUUGCUGACAUCGAGGAGGACGCUUUGGGAAGAUUAGAAUCGCUGACGGUUCUCUAUUUGGCUGACAAUAAGCUUCGCGCGAUUCCUCACAGUUUACCGGAGAAGCUGCAGGUUCUGCAUCUGGAACGCAAUCAGAUCGAGAGCAUCAAGACGAUAGAUCUUCAAGGACUCUCGCACCUAAGCACUCUUCUGCUGCCAGGCAACAAGAUUUCCUCCAUAAUGGAAACGGCGUUCUCGCAAUUAUCUUCGUUAAGCAGUCUGGAUCUAUCGCGGAAUCCCAUUACAAAAUUACCCACUGGUAUUUUAGCAGGACCGACCCAGUUGCGGGUUCUAAGACUGGCCGGGUUGAAUGUAGUUUCGCCUGCUAAAGAAUUGGAGUUUCCUCUACCAACUCCGGAGCAUCUCAUCACUCUGGAUCUAUCCAAGAGUCCGGGACUGGCGCGGCAGAUGCUCGCGGAUACCGCCGCCUUGGCGGCUUCCAGGGAAUUGCAGGAGCUGAACAUUGCGGACUCGGAUUUAAUAUACGUGCGUUCCGAUCUCUUGCAUUUCCUUCCGCAGUUGCGAAUGGUGCAUCUGCAUGAUAAUCCCCUCAACUGCAGCGGAUUGGAAUGGCUUGCGGAGUGGAUGCGGAAGCAGGACGAGCCGGAAUACAGGCGAGUAUCGUGCGCAUCUCCCGCCGACCUCAGAGGAACCCUUCUUGUGGAUCUGCAGAGUAUCGAACCAGAAACCACGACCAUCCACCAUGAAACUACCAGAGAUGCAGUAGAUGUCAACAUCAACGUUACAGCCGCCACGGUUGCGGUCGUGCCGCUGCAGGGAGGAAACAAAGGCGCCGAUAAUAAUUUGCCAGACAAUAAAGUAGCGACGACAAAGGAGCCCAUGAAUACAUUACGGGAAGCCGAAAAGGCGAACGAGAGUAAUUUAUUCAUGGAAAACUGGAAGCGCGGCAACGUGACCGAAGCGACGGCGGAGAUGUCCAUGUACAACGGGAGCGACUCCAAGAACGCUCUCGCACAUCCCAGCAUGCUCAUCCUCGUCGCAGGAGUGCUGCUGGCUGCAGCGAUCCUCAUAGUCUUCACGGCGAGGAUAACCUACAGGAAGCACCGGCUGACCCACGACGAAGACAUCGAGGUGAGCAGUCUGCCUAGCGUCACCGAGCUCUGGUGACAUCUAAGGGACUUCGACGAUGAACGCGUCGUCCUCUACGACACCAUGACUUAGGAAUACAAGUGCUUGUGAUACAUGUGACAUAAUUCGGACGAAACUUUCCUUUUGUACUUUAUACUGAAAUCCCAAAAAAAAAGAGAAACUCUGAAACUCCAAAAGAGGGCAAAAGUGGACGGACAGCCACAACAUGCUCAUCCCUUUUUUUUUUGUCUAGAAUUCUAAGAAAACAAAUUAUAAAUAUAUAUAUAUUUAAAUA